AUGAUUGGUAAUUCGAACCUUUCACAGUUUGAAGAUGCUAAUCAAUCGACUUCACAGUCGAAGCAAGAUUCGAAGGAAAAUAUAACCUCCAAUUCAAAACAGAACUAUAUUAAAUCAUCAUCACAUCUUCAAAUCACCGAUUUGAACAACAAAACUCCAUUGAUUAAAUUGUCCAAUAGUAACGUCAACACUGAUAAUGAUUCCAUCAAUAACCUAUCGGUGAUAGAUGGGAAUAUCUAUCAAACGAAUUGGACGAAACUAGUGGGGACUGAAAUGAUUUUUGAUGACUACGGUGAAUUAAUUGGAAGUGUAAGAGAGCAUUUGAAAUGCGAUGAAAACAUAAAGGUCACGUCCAAGAAUGAAAAGGACAAGAAGGAUACGGAUAUGGCUGAUGACGACAGCGACGUCAAGGUCAAAGAUGAGCAAACUUCUUUCUUGUUAAAGGCUAUUAAAUCUGCUAAGAAAAAAGAAGCCGAAGUGGAAGUGUAA